GCACGCUUCGGAUCUUUGGGGUGCCAGUGGCGGCCAUGACAGCAAACUCGACGAGAAGGCAGAGAGGUCUACGAGUACUGCGUCUCUUGGGUCAGGAGCCGUCAUGCCACUCUUGCCGGCGACGUUUGUUCCUGCUAGGACGCGGGUCACUGUCAUGGUACCCAUUCGGAUGCGCAUGGCCCUCAAGGCGACGCUGGCCGAUGUUCGUGCAAGGCUCGCGGCGGCAGGAAUAGCUGUGGACGGGAGGCAGCUCUUCUUCCGGGGCGACCCGGAGGAUGUGGAUGAGACUUUGCCGCUGGCAGAGCUGAAGGACUUGCGCUUCGUGCUGUUCCCGGAGACAGGCCUCCUUCCGUGGCAGCUGUGUGCAGCACAUCGAGCAUGCGAGCGGUUGGUACAUGAGCGCCUUGCCGGGAACUGGGCCGCAGCUGUCGCCAGGAAUCCUAUGUACAAGACGCGACUGUGCAACCAUUGGGUGACGAAAGGGAGUUGUCCGCGAGCAGACCGUUGUGUGUAUGCACGUGGGUCGGCUGAGCUAAGGCCUUCGCAGGCGCCAAGUGUCGUACGGGGCCAACAUGGCGCAACCCCAUCGCUGGCUGUUCCUUCUUCCGGUCAAUCCAGUGCUUCAGCAAAGGUUCCUGAGGUUGUCUUUACGGUGGACAAGGAGGAGGAGCGGCGGCGUGCCGAGCGAGCCAAGCGCUUCGCGCCACGGCAAAAGGCCUCCUUUGAGGCAGAGGAGAAGGCUCCACCUCCUGAGCCCGAGCCUGCAGUGGAGGCAGAGGGAGCUGCCUUUGAUGAUAUGGGCCUGAACGAGGACCAAAUCGCUGAUUACCUUUUCGAGAUGCAGCAGCAGAUGCUGCACAACAUGGAUGACGGCCGCGACGGUGGCUUUGACUUCGUCGAGGAUGCGCAGGUCCCGGUCUUGAUCUUGGUCAUCAUUGCUCUUCUGGUGAUUAUGCUGAUUGUGCUGCCUAGGCACUUGGACAAGGUCUGGCGUGCAUCGCUUCCUGUGUUGCGCUCGCUGCCUCCUCUGAUGGACGAGGAGGCGGCUGGAAAGCCAAGAGAUGGCGACGAACGUCGCAAUUCACACUUCCGAGCCUGGGCGCUGUGGAUGUCAAAGUGGCGUGGUCAGACCGGCCGGGGCAAGAAAGGACACUUCCACCUACUUGACAGAUACAUUCGGCGCAUCGAUGCCCUCCUUCCCGAGGACAUGGAGGAUCUGGUAAGGCCGCUGAGCUACAAGCCAAAUAUGGAGCAAACAACGAGGACGCUCAAGAUCACCUUCCCCGACGAAACUGUCAAGCCGGAUGGCAUCACAGAGCAGGAUGUGCGUGACUUCUUGUACCCCCUCGUGCCACAACACUUGGCCUUGGGCUGGUAUGGAGAGGGAGGCACGGAGGUGUAUGCGAUGUGCGAGACGAACGAGGAGUGCAGAAACGGGCGAAGGCUCGACGGCCAGAGGCUCGGUGGUCACUAUGCUCAAGUGCGGUUUACCGUUGACAACAAGUUUCGUCGAGUCAUGGAAGAUUUGGGCCACUGGCCCAAAAGUGGCGACCAAGAGGAGAUGCCGCCAGAAGCCGACCAGCUCGAGGUGGCGGGCUGA